AGAGCGAGCGAGCGAGCGAGAGAGAGAGAGAUAGAGAGAGUCUUGAAUCCCCCACAUUGCUUGUGUGUCGUGAACAUUUUUGGAGCUUGUGGAGAAAAAAAAGAAGCGAAGGAGAAGAAAUAAAAUAAAAUGCUGCUGGAGGAGAGAGAAAGCGCGUAAUCGAGCGUUUGGAGCGUCCGUUCCCUGUUUCUGAUUUUGGGGCCAGGAUGCCGGCAUUUUUUUCAAAUCGGUCCACCGUGAGAUUCAGUGGAAUAACGGGAGAGCCGCACAGCUGCUGCCGGUAUGUGUGAACCACUUCACGCGCUCAACCCUCGCCGAUUUUGCUUCUAAAUUGUUGCUUUCUCUCUCUCUCAUCUCCUUCUUCUCAUGCAUCAAAUUGAUGCUGCGUGAGGCUGCUGGGCGACGAUGCAUCGGCAGGGUUUGACUGUGUGAAUUCGCAUCAUCUCAAGUAUGUUUACUCUCGCUUAGGCAAUGUAAAAAAAAAUCGAGUUAUUCAACCUGUUUUUUUUUUGGACAUUCAAAAAGAAAAGAAAAUGCCUUCUUAUUUCGACGCUGGGUGCGAGGAUGCCUGUAGCUGUGAUUGUGUCAUUGCUGCGGCACACUCCGGAGCUCCUCAGCUCCAGGCAGACACCACCAACCUCCUCAGCUGAAGAGAAGACAGCGAGAUAUCAAGUGCUUUACCAGCCAAUAUAAGCCAUACGAGCCUGUGCAUGUAUGUGCAUAGAAGGCCAGCAGUCUCCAGGGAGGAUCUCUAGGCUAUCUGUCAUUGCACUGUUGAGGUGCGGGGCUUCCCUAGACCUGCCACAUCCCCAAAUCCCCGUCUGAGGACUGCUGUGAGCAUUACAAGCUUCCUGAUGGUUUUUGGAGAGCAGCCCUGAUGCAUCUUGUGAGUGUGAAAACUCUACAAGCCCUUUGCCAGGUUUGCAUCACUAGACAGGAGCCGGAGCAGACGGUAGCUCUGUGUGUGUCAUGUUAGAGACUGGACUCCUGCCUGCUCUCAUCAGCAAUCAGCCAAAAUCUCUGACCUGCCCUGUCUGAAACCUGUAUAUGAGCAACACUGCUUUGUCACAGCAGCACCAACACUUUAAAGACAUAACUGCCUCUGUGACUCCAAACUACAAGCUCACCACCUGCCUACAAAACAAGAGACACAGGAAACCAGGGUCAGGAUGCAGGUUUCCUUUGCCUGCACCGAGCACAACCUCAAGAGUCGCAGUGAAGACCGGCUCUGUGGCCUUCGCACCGCUCCUCCUCCAGGGGGGAGCAGUGGGGGAGUAGGGGGAGGAGGUGGUGGUGGAGGAGGAGGAGGAGGUGGUGGUAGUGGAGGAGGCGGCGGAGGAGGAGGAGGUGGAAGUGGACAAGGGAGUAAUGGCAACUACACCUCCCAAGGAUCAGUCAAGACGAGGGAGGGGUCUGGGUCCCGGCAGGCCCCCCAGGGUCAUGCCCACAUGAAGGAAGCCAUCGGGAGGCACACGAGCAUGAAGUACAGGAACCUGGGGAAGUCAGGCCUGCGUGUUUCUUGCCUCGGGCUAGGCACCUGGGUGACAUUUGGAUCACAGAUCUCCGAUGAGAUGGCAGAGAACCUGAUGGCCAUAGCGUACGAGAACGGGGUGAAUCUGUUUGACACGGCAGAGGUGUACGCCUCUGGAAGAGCUGAAAUCACUCUGGGGAACAUUAUCAAGAAAAAAGGAUGGAGGCGCUCAAGUUUUGUCAUCACAACAAAGAUCUAUUGGGGUGGCCAAGCAGAGACAGAGAGAGGACUCUCCAGAAAGCACAUAAUUGAAGGUUUAAGAGGAUCCUUAUCAAGACUGCAGCUAGAAUACGUGGACAUCGUUUUUGCUAACAGAAAUGAUGUCAACAGUCCCAUGGAAGAGAUUGUGCGGGCCAUGACAUUUGUAAUAAACCAGGGUAUGGCAAUGUACUGGGGAACUUCACGCUGGAGUGCCAUGGAAAUUAUGGAGGCGUAUUCAGUAGCACGCCAGUUCAACCUGAUCCCACCUGUGUGUGAGCAAGCAGAGUAUCACUAUUUCCAGAGGGAUAAAGUGGAGGUGCAGCUUCCUGAGCUCUACCACAAGAUUGGUGUUGGAGCAAUGACCUGGUCUCCUCUUGCCUGUGGAUUAAUCACAGGGAAGUACAGCGAUGGUGUACCAGAGUGCUCUAGAGCAGCGAUGAAGGGAUACCAGUGGCUGAAGGAGAGGGUGAACAGCGAGGAGGGCCGGAGGCAGCUCGCUAAAAUCAAGGAGCUCCAUCUACUGGCAGACAGACUGGGCUGCACUGCUGCACAGUUAGCCAUAGCCUGGUGUCUGCGCAGUGAGGGAGUCAGCUCAGUCCUUCUGGGUGUUUCUACCACAGACCAGCUCCUUGAGAACCUGGGUGCCCUCCGGAUUUUAUCUCAAAUGACCCCUCAAACCAUUGCUGAGAUUGACACCCUGCUGGGAAAUAAACCACACUCUAAGAAAGAACUGCGCGCCUGAAGAUGCAAAUCUGAGUGACUGAUGAUGUUUCAAGAUUGAUGAGGAAGACAAUGACUUUGGGAAACAUCGCUUUUUGCUCUACUGUAUACUCAACAACUUGCAUGUCCUCAGCAACAUUAUGCUUCCAGUAUGUGCGCAGAUCCAUUUUGCGCAGUACAUUGUAUCAUGUAUGAAAAAAAGAUCUCUCAAUCGUGUGAAGAAAAAAAUAGGUCAUAUAUUGCUCACUGCCGAUAGUUCACAGACUAAUUAUUUCUGCAGAGGUGGCUGGAGCGACAGGUCUCUGAGCAAGAGAGACUGACAGAUAUACAACAGUUUUAACACAGAUUUGACUCUUAGUAAUCCCACGUUACUGAGUGAAAAAAGAAAACCCACCUCAAAAUGCAACUUUACUGUGUGAACGGUGCUUUCAUAGGACAUGUGAGUCUCCUCCCCUUGCCGCUGCCUGUUAUUCUGUAUGAUGUGUAGUACCCAGCAGCCAGAGAGCCAAAGGUUAGUACUCCUGUGUCUAGCCUAACAUUUCCCAUAGUGUGCAUGUGACUGGUCUGCCACGCUCACUGCUUUACAGGGUUGGGAACAAUGGAUUACUUGUGGAGUUGUUAAAAGUGAUCUGACUUAAUCUUGUGUGGUAAAACUUGAAAGAGGAAAAAAAGAAAAGAUCACAUGUUUUUGAAAAACUUGCACACAUAUUUUCACAAGUUCUGAAAUAAUGGUUGUUUUCAGCACAAAAAAAUGAAAUCUGUUAAAUGAAUGGAUCAUACAGCUUAAAAGAAUUGGCUUUUAAAUUAGAGUGCACUGUGUCACAACAUAAAAUUGGCAAUCAGGAGUCAGUAGUGGGUAAGACUGAGAGUAACUUUCCCAACCCUGCUGCUUUCUCAGCAGUCUUUUCGCCUCCUCUGUUUGUAAACUGUGCGCAUGUCCCUUUAAGAGAGAAUAGCCCUAACAGGGUGUAAAUGUGGCAUGGCUUUUAUGGCUUAUGUAGAUUUGCAGUGCCCUUGUAAGCCAUGUUUUUUUACUCUGGCAGUUUGAUUCAGGACUCUUGCUGGUGGGCACCUUUGCUUUAAAGACUCUCUGCAGUCUGAAGACGCGGCUGUGUGUCCCGUCUGACGUACUUUAAUCUUUGUAUUGUCCUAACUAAACUGUAUCAAAAGAUGUUCGUAGAAUGAUCUUCAGAGAUCUGGUGAAGAGCAUCAAUGUUCCUAAAUCAGAGGCCUGAAGCAGUCAGGACUAAGUGGAAAAAGUAACUGAGCAUCUGACACAAAGAUUUGGACACUGUGGUGAACUAGUAGUUUUAAAUGAUUUAGUCUGAGUUUAUCUAAUGUGAUAUUACUCUUGCCACAGGUCACUUGCGGUAAGAUUUAGCAAAUGUAACUUUUUUUUGUGGAAGCCAAAAAUAUAGCUUCUCCGCUCAUUUCUCUGGGACUUUCUCUCUCUAUCAUUUGUUCUUGUGAUUCUUGCACACAUGCACAUCGGAUUUUAUACUGUGCAUUUCCUGUCUUUUCCCUUUAGUUUUGUAUUGAUUUCAUUACUUUGUAAUGUCAAAGGGGGUUCCUUGUGAUUCCCAAUGAAAAUAGCACUAAUCUCCAGAGAGAGGGAGCGUACUUUAAUACAUGAAGUCGUUUAAGUGAGGUAACAUGGUACUGUAAAUAUGCUCAUAUCUGUUUGGCAGUGAUGAGGGUUUAAAUAUAUGAACUUUACGGAUGAAUUCCUGAAGGAGCAGCUGAAAUGUCGCUCCACUUUGUGACUCUGUGAUCAUGUACAGUUCAACUGAGUGUAGCUUGUACAUAGAGAAAUUCAAACCAACUUUGAAAAUGUAACUCUGCCUGCAUAACUUAUAUUUUGCUGUCUUGCAACAAAAGAGAAACCAAAAGCGAGAAGAGACUCCUCACUCUGAAUGUAUUAUGUCUGUGGCUCAAACUUAUGGAAUAUAAGUUAAAGGGACAAACCACAUAGCUGGAUAAAGGUGGAUUCUUAUUGUGUACAUAAAGAGCUGGCAAG